AAGGAUUAGCAAUCAACAAGCGGACGUUGUUGCAUGUCUGUUUAUUAGUAGUGAUUUAUUAAUCACAUAUAUAAUUACUUGGAUACUCUUGUAUAUCAACUCAAACGCCUCAAAAGUAUGGCGUAAGGUGCUGUGUUUUUAGAAAAUAAGACUUAUAAUUAAUUAUUUUUUUAGUCAAUUUGUGAAUUAAUUGUUUUUUGAAUAGUGUAGUGAAUUGUUUUGUGAUUUAAAAUGUCUGGAAGGGAACAAAUAGGAGAAAAAGUGCCCUUUGAGGUGGCAAUGGACAAAACAGGUUUCGGCCUUUACAAUCUGCUGCUGACGAGUCUGGCCGGGCUGGUCAUCAUCUCGUUCGGCUGCAUCGUGUACGGCAGCACGAUCAUCGUACCGUCCAGCGCUUGCGAGCUCGAGACCACGCCGACUCAGCAGGGGCUUCUGGCGUCCGCACCCAUCAUCGGUAAGUCAUCAGGCCAGUAUACGAUAUCGAUGACGAUGCUGAGCGAGAGCGUGCCCAUGGCCAAGCGGAACUUGGUGGUGCUGCUGGUCACCAGUAUCUUCCUGCUCGCCCAGGGCAUCAUGGCAGUGUUAGCGAUCCCCAUAAUACCACUGUCGUUCUCCUACGAGAUGCCAGUCCUGGGCAUCUACUGGAACUCCUGGCGGACGCUUAUGCUGGUCUACUGCGCGCCCAGUUUGCUCUGCGCUUGUUGGCUCUUCUUCAUGCAGGAAAGUCCAAAGUAUGCCUUGGCGAAGGGCGACGAAGCAGAAACCCUCAGGAUACUGAACGUCAUAUAUAAAUUGAACAACAGGAAAUCUUCGGAAGAAUAUCAGGUGAAAGGUAUAGUUGCCGAAGGAAGUUCGGAGAAGGCGUCAACUAAAGACCAGGUGGUGCCACUAUUCAAGGUGCCUCUCCUCAAGUAUACUAUCAUCAUGACCACAUUGUCCGUUUUUCAUCAAAUAACAGCAUUUGGAAUAUGGCUGCCGACCAUAGCCAAUCAAUACGUCCGCUUGCUGGAGACCGGGGAAGGAGCCGAUCUGACGAUAUGUGGAAUAAUCAACACUGAACUCGAGAUUGUUCCUGACCCUGAUGCUACUCCUUGCGCGCUGAAUGUAACAUCUCUACUCAUAGUGUUGGUGGUCGGUGUCAUGCAGUCUUGUUUCAAUUUGAUUAUCAGCGCAUUGGUGGACCGCGUGGGUCGUCGGAACACGGCGAUGGCAAUCACAGCGUUUUGCGGGACGUGCGGUAUCCUGGUGAACCUGGUGCCCGGCGCGCUCGCCAGCCUGCUGCUGUUCGGGCUGUACCUCAUGGCUAUGAUGGUGCUCGGGCUCUACACUGCCAUCAGCGUGGCGCUCUUCCCCACACAUCUGAGAGCGCUGGCCGUCUCGCUGACGAUGACAGGCGGGCGCGUGUUCAGCUUCGCGUCCAUCCAGAUCCUCAACUAUCUGCUCAUCAAUAACUGUGAAGUCGGCUUUUACGUCUACGCUUCAAUUCUAGUUUCAUCCGCAAUUGUUGCAUCAUUUUUGCCUGACGACCGACUGCUGCGGAAGCGAUUGCUACAGCAGCAACAACAAAAACAAAUUGAGAAUCCGGUCCAUGAAGAAGCCAGUGACAAAUCAUAACAGCAUUGUUGAGUUAGACUGAUUUAUUGUUCUACGAUAUUGUUGAGUUAGACUGAUUUAUUGUUCUACGAUAACUGCAUCACGUACAGACAACCAGAAAAUAUUUUUGUAAUUACAAAAUAAUGACUGAUAUUACCAAAAAUAUUCUUCAGUUGAGCUGUAUGACCAAUUUAAUUUAAUUUAACCUUUGUCUUAUUCUUAAUCUAUAGCUUUAAGUAUUUAAUAAAUUAUUACUAUUUUUUUACAUCGUUAAAAAUUCAAUAU